AUUCCUGAGGAUUGAACACGCUUUCACUUGUUGAAAUAGACUACCUCCUGGGGUAGCUCUUACCCAAUAGUUAAAUUAUCCAACAGUUCUGUCAAGACUGGAUACAGACACACUACUCCACCACAGCUCUAGAUUUACAGAAUUUACUACUUCCUGGAUCGUAUCUGCGAGUUGGACGGGUAUUACUGACAGAUAUGACGGCCAGCCACCCCCAACCGAGCACUGAACUCCAGAGGUCGAUGCCUCUCAACAGGUGUAAGAGUCCAUUCUACAGCAUUAAGUUUUUUGUGCUGUGCCAUGGCAUGCUUCAGCUGGCCCAGCUGUUGGUGUCUGGGUAUCUGAAGAGCUCCAUCUCCACCAUAGAGAGACGAUAUGGCUUCUCAAGCCAGAAGUCUGGCAUACUGGCAUCCUUCAACGAGGUGGGGAACACGUUGCUGAUAGUGUUUGUGAGUUUCUUUGGUAGCCGUGUUCACAGGCCACGUUUCAUUGGUGGAGGGGCACUGGUUGCCAGUCUGGCUGCUCUAACAAUGGCCAUGCCCCAUUUCAUCAGUGGCCCCUAUGAGUACACAGACCACAUCAGCCAAUCAAAGGAUGACAACUCUGGCCUCUGUCAAAUAGAGAGCACCUUUCAAACACCACUGUCCAAUCACAGCUGCACACCGAAGGAUGGUCAAGCACAGCAAGGAGUAUUCCCUCUCCUGCUCCUAGGACAGCUGCUCCUUGGAAUCGGCAGCGUUCCCAUCCAACCCUUUGGAAUCUCCUACAUUGAUGACUAUGCCAGCAAGAGGAACUCUCCCCUCUACCUUGGUAUACUCCUGGCCGUCACGUCGAUUGGUCCUGCUUUUGGUUUUAUGAUGGGCUCCUUCAUGCUGCGCUUUUAUGUUGACAUAGACAAGAAGUCCAAAGUUGAGAUAACUCUGGAGAGACAGGACCCUCGCUGGGUUGGAGCCUGGUGGCUUGGCUUUGUGGUGGCAGCCUCAUUCCUCUUCCUCACUUCACUGCCCUACCUCUUCUUCCCCCGACAGAUGCCCAAAGAGAAAGCUGGAGGUGAUGCCACUGAAAAUGGAGCUAAGGAGGAAAAGAAACCUCCACCAGACCAAGAACUCACCCUUACAAAGUUCCUAAAAAGUUUCCCUCGCAUCGCCCUGCGGACCCUGCGUAAUCCAAUCUACCUGUUAGUGGUGCUGGCACAGGUCAACCUUGCAGCGUUGGUAGCAGGCCUUGCCACCUUUAUGUCCAAAUUCAUAGAGCGUCAGUUCACUCAGACCGCAUCCUUCUCCAACAUUAUGAUUGGCGGGGUGAGCAUCCCCAUGGCAGUCCUUGGAAUAGUGCUGGGUGGGGCUCUAAUGAGACGGCUAAAUAUCCCUACUAGAGGAUCGGCUCUUAUUUGUGUGACAGCCAUCUUGAUUUGUUUGUUCACUGCAAUGCCUCUACUCUUGCUUGGAUGCUCUACACAGAGGGUUGCUGGAAUCUAUCCAACCCAACCCAAAACAUUGGCAUGUAGUUCUGAGUGCUCCUGUCCUUCUGAGGCCUUUAACCCAGUGUGUGGCUCAGAUGGAGUGGAGUUCGUGUCACCCUGUCAAGCAGGAUGCAAAAACAAAAUUCUUGAUGACAACAACAGCAAAGUCCUGAAUUACACCGACUGUGGCUGCAUUGACGUUAAUGGGUCUUAUGGUUAUGCUCUGCCGGGGACGUGUGGAAGCAGCUGCAAACAUUUCCUUUUGCCCUUUAUGGUCUUCUCUGCCCUCACCUGCUUCAUCGCAUCCCUCUCACAGACCCCAUCGUAUAUGAUGAUACUGAGAACAGUGAAACCAGAGGAUAAAUCUUUUGCUGUUGGAGUUCAGUAUAUGCUCUUCAGAGUACUGGCAUUCCUGCCAACUCCAGUCCUAUAUGGCACUGCCAUAGACACCACCUGUAUUCUCUGGGGGAAGAAGUGUGAGAGGAACACCUCAUGUUACUACUACAACAUGGACCUCUUCAGACAAAGGUUCCUCGGACUGCAGCUGUUUUUCAUCUGUGGUGCUUUUGUCUGCUUCCUCCUCUCCUUCCUGGUCCUGAGACAUAGAGAAGGUCAACAGGUCCAGCAGGCAGGACAGGGAUAUGUCAUGGUGGAUGGAGAAAAGAGUCCAGACAACACCUCCUGCAAAUAACUGCUGAGCAUGGCUCAUAAGAGAGAGGAGUGCACAGAGAACAGGCUCAGUGUAGAGAGAGAGAGAGAGAGAGAGAGAGAGAGAGACUGGGACAGAGAGAAUAUAAAUGAACUGUGAGUUGAGAAUGAAAGAAAAUAUAAGAUUUUUUUAUGGUGAUUACAUAUAUGAGAAGCUCUCCAUAGGAAUUGUUCUAAGUACCCGAGAUGAAGAAGAAAAAUGUAAAAGUACUUGGUUGUGUUCACCAGUUUUGGGAAGUUCAUAAGUUAGACUUAAAUUACCAGGUAAAACUAGUUUGUGACUGACUAGUGACCUACAUUUUUCACUCUUCCUUUUCAUUGUAUUACCCACUGGUUAAUUAUGAACUCCCUUUAUCCGGUAAUUUAGGUAUUAAUUAGAAACUUCUCUAAAGUGAUGAACACAGUCAAACCCAGCUGAGUGCUUUUAAUUUGUUCUUUCUACACCUCUGCUAAGUACUGUGUGUGUCAUCCAUUUUCUUCAUGGAAGGGCUGUUUUUUCUCUGCGUCUCAUUCCUGUUUGCCAACAAGAUAUGCUUGGAGAAAUUACAAUAUUACUUCUCCCUGUUUUAAUGUGUACAUUCCAAGCUGUAUCUGAGCCAUAGUACAAAUGUAUGUAGCAUGCCGUUCUCUUGAACACAUCGAGUGGCCCCCUUUUAUACUGACAGGGUAAACAUUUUAAUGGUGAGUACUACAGGAACUACUUGAUCUUUGAACUGUAGACCAAAGCAAAAAAGAGCUUAACAAAAUUGUUUGUGUUUUUAUACAGAUUCUUUGAUAUUAUUUUUUAUAUAUUUUUGAUAUGUUUCUGUAGCUUUAUUAAAACAUGGUAUAUGCUUGCCACACAGAAAAUACAUGACUUUUAUCCAUGUCCUGAAGUAUGAAAUUAGAUUUUAAAUUAGAUUUUCUAGGGUUGCCAAUAAGUGGGGCAGGCAUGUUUUUGAGUGAAGUAGUUUCAUUAUGAUUUUCUUUUCUUUCAACAUCCUUCAACAUUCAACAAGCUGAUAAACAACAGUGACAUUUUAACAGAGACAUUU